CAAAACUUAGAGCCUUCCAUAGUAUAACUGAGAUUCCCGAAAAAGAUUACCACGCCUUGAAGACGGUCAUGGAUUCUUGUGUCCUCCAGUUACUCGAGCAGAAGGAUGACGACGAACCGGAAUGGGAAUGGGAUUUGGAAUAUCACGAGAAUAUUAGAUUCUGCAAGGGGUACUUUGGCUACUUCUUGUUCUUUUAUGAUUACGAGGACAGACUGACCCCCGAGUUCAUCCAUGUCAUGAGACAUUUCGAAAAGUAUUACACACUUGAUUGGUAUCCAAAGCGAAUACUUUUAUGCUUGCUCACUACGAAGCGUAGUCGCCAAGACUGUUUCCAUCUAUCCGAAGACAGAGAACAUAUUCUAAAGACCCCGCCUUUGCUGGAUUUUAUUACUGAUGACAUCGAUUUAAAGUAGAUGUUAUACACCAGCCAAGUCUAGUUCAUACAUGAUCCCUCCAUAGAUUUCUUCUCAUUGUCUUUUUUAUUCGUUUUUCUUUGCGCCUUUUAAUUUUACGUACUUUAAUUUUGCUAGAAAUAUUUCAAAUUAGAGGGAGUUAUCUGCUCAUUAAUGAUGCCCUUAGUACAGCCACCUUUUUUAUCACCAGCUAUGAUUAUAUUUAUGUAGACAUCUACGUUGGCUUAACUUCUCUUCGAGGAUAAAAAUUAAGUUAUUGUUCGUUUCUAGAUAAAUUUCGAUCAGUGUGUGGAAUAGAUCAUUUUAUUAAGCUAUUACUGUUGUGCCAGUUCAACCCAUAGUGGGCUAAAAUUUACUAAAUUCAGCUACUAAUUACUGCGAUAAGAUUGGUCUUGUGUAAAGCAGAGCAAGCAUUAGACAGAGUUGCAACUUACAAGUGUAAGGUGCUUCAGGUGAUCAAAGACCAAUUUAUUAAGAUUAUUGUGUUAAAAUAUGCCUGUACAAAACAUACUCCUUGUAUAAGUACUGAAGUAUAGCAAUUUUAUUUUUAUCUUUAGUUGCUUUUUCAUUCUAAUCCGUUUAGGUUCAUUACACCUCUACGGCUCUACAUAGGCAUUGAAUAAGCAAUAAUUUUGCUUGAGGUACACAAUGUGUACACAAAGUGUACACAGUAUAUAUAGCUUAGUUUUUUACCAUUUCACUUUUUCUCUUUUAUUGAAUUUAUUCCAUUCUUUCUCUCUGCCAUUUCCCUUGAUCGAUCUUCUCCACGCUCUUCCGCUUCUUUCAUCUUUCUUUUUUGUUUUGCAUUUUCAAGCUCUCUAAUAUCAACAUAAUUUUCAAUCCUUCUCCUCAUUUAGUUGUCAUACACAUAUACGUUUUUCUCUAUGAUUGGUUCUUCUUCUCAAACCAUGAGUGCUUUAUAGCAAAAAAGGAGUGUUGGAGCAAAGGUGAUGGAAUAUGAGAUUAAGGAUGUUACUACAACUUUUACCUUAUUUGUUGACAUAUUGGAUUCAUUUGAGGAAAAUCCAUUUGUUGGAAUGUUGUUUGCUUUAUGUAAUCAGACUUUGACAUUAAUUAUUAACAUAUUGGUCAUGCAUAGGGAAAAUGGAAACUAAUAAUCCAACCUUUUAGCGGUCUUCUUUUAAUAGUCCCACCUUUUUGUUAUUCAUUAAUAAUCCAACCUUUGCACCUCAUCUUCAUUCACUGGUCCCUGACCGUUUGAUGACCUGCUAUUCCAAGUUAUUUUCUUAUCUUUGCAAAAUAUUAUCUUUGUGAAAGGUGGAAUUUAUGGUAUAAUAGUUUGCAGAUAUGAGAAAAUAACUCGGAAUAGCAGGUCAUCAACCGCUCGGGGACCAAUGAAUGAAGAUGAGGUGCAAAGGUUGGAUUAUUCAUGAAUAACAAAAAGGUCGGACUAUUAAAAGAAGACCGCUAAAAGGUUGGAUUAUUAGUUUCCAUUUCCCCUCAUGCAUAUUGGCUAAGGCCACUAUUUUGGUUUAUUGUAUCUUAGGGGGAUAUGUCCUCAUUUUGGUUUACUAGUCUCAUUGCUUUAAUUGUUGGAUGGUUUGUAUAUCCAUUAGGUGAUAAUCACGUUUAAAAAUUGUUUAGACUUCCAUAUUAUUUUUAUCCUUACUCUCUUAAAGAUCACAUACCGCAUUCAAUAAAAUGCUCAAA